AUGUCCAGGGACAGGGAGAUCCAGCAAGUCGGCACUCUGUCUAGCUUCCCUGCAGAGCAGCGGCCAUCGGUUGGUCCAGCGUCGCCGAACGGGCUCCACGGCUUCUUGGCAAAGGAGCGACGGAAGACCGCGAGUGGCGCGACGGACCGCGACGCUAUAAGGGUAGCGAAAACAAGCGAUGCACACAUUGGGUACUUCAAAAACCGUUCCGCUCUUGGAGAAGACCCAGAGAAGCGCGUCAAGCUCCGAGAACGAGCCAUCACGUUCGUCAUGAUCUGCAGUAGCGAAGAUCUGUUGAGGGGGCUGAUCCGGCUUCAUGACGAUACCCUCAACCACACGCGGACGGAGUUCUUGCUUCAGCGCUUGCUUCAAAUUCUAUCCUUCAAACUCGCCUCCUUCUCUUCAAUCAUGUUUGGUCUCGAAGUUGUCAACCCUUGCAACGGCACAAUGACGCCUCAUCUUAGCGUAUCCGGUGGAGCGCCACAGUGGAUUACGGGCCAGGGCUCGAAACCACCAAGUGGACUGUGGCUUCCAGGAUACUGUAGAUGA